GCUGGCGCACUCGGUCGGAGCGGCUUGCGGAAGCUCCAUAUGUAUUCGCGACGAGGAUAAAAUCGAUGCACGGCCGGGAGGGUCCCGCCCCGUUUCCUGCGGUGCCGGACCGAUGCGCUCAAAACCGCAUGUGCACAAACUAUCGCACCUUGAACAGGAUCACGAUCAAGAACAAGUACCCCCUACCUCGGAUUUCCGAGCUCCUUGAUCGUCUUCGUGGAGCCAAGUACUUUACCAAGAUCGACCUUCGCAGUGGCUUCCACCAGAUCCGUAUCCGCAAGGAGGACACCCACAAGACCGCCUUCCGCUCUCGGUUCGGGCACUACGAGUUCCUCGCGAUGCCAUUCAGACUCACCAAUGCCCCUGCUACCUUCCAAUCUACCAUGAACCACAUCUUCCGCAACCCUCCGAAGUCUGUGUCGUCGUCUACCUUUAUGACAUCCUUGUCUUCAGCCCCACCUUCGAGUCCCACCUUCAACACCUCCGCCAAGUCCUCUCGAUCCUCCGAGAGGAAAAAUUCUACGCCAAGCUCAGCAAAUGUACGUUUGGCGCUUCGAGCGUCGAAUACCUCGGCCACAUUGUCUCCGCUAGAGGCCCUCGUCGAGUACCCCCCACCCAAGACCCUCCUCCAACUCCGUUCCGUCCUCGACCUUGCCAACUAUUACCGCUCGUUCAUUCACAACUUUUCCGAGAUCUCUUACCCUCUCCACGAACUCACCCGCAAGGGCGAGCCCUUCCAUUGGAACGAUCGUUGCCAACACACUUUCGACUUACUCAAGCAAACCAUCACCUCGGCCCCUGUCCUCAAGAUCGCCGACCCCACUCGCCAUUUCUAUGUCACCACUGACGCCUCCGACUUCGCCAUYGGAGCCGUACUGUCCCAACAUUUUCCUUGCGACACCGUCGAGACCCCCUCCACCAAGGACUCGCCCACUCACCCCGAGGCUCCACCUGGCGAUUACCCCAUCGCCUUCGCAAGCAAGAAGCUCCUUCCCUCUGAGAUAGAUUACCCCUGCAACAAGAAGGAACUCCUCGCCGUGAUUCAGGCCCUCACAGUCUGGCGCCCUUACCUCGACGGGCAAUACUUCACCACGUUGCUCGCCAUCACGGCCUCCUCGAGAACAUCAUCAGUGACCGUGAUCCUCGCUUUCUCUCACAAUUCUGGAAACACCUCUUCACGGCCUACGGAACCAUGCUCAAUGUAUUUCGCGCCACAUGCACGCAAACCGGUGACGUUCGACAUUUUAGACACGGACUUUGACAUUAUUUUGGGAAUGCCUUGGCUUGCAAGUGCGGAUCACACGGUCAACUUCCACUGGCGGACUCUUACCGUUCGCGACACUUUCGCCGCAGAAGUACCGUGUACUAUUCCUCUUCCGCACCCUUCGAUUCGGCGCCAAGUGGUGACAGCCAAGUCAUUCCGGGCUACUUGUGCUUACGAGCAACCCGACGAAAUCGGCCUAUGUUUCCUACGGACCGUCGUGGUAACCGACUCUUCACCCACGGACUUGUCUUCAGACCCCCGUGUGGUGCGGUUGCUUGACGAGUUCACCGACAUCUUAGAGUCACCUACCGGUGUGGUGCUGGAUCGACCAAUCUCUCACGAGAUCAUUCUUGAGGCCGGUGCUGUGCCGCCAAAAGGUUACAUUUAUCGCAUGAGCGAGGAGGAACUUACGGUCCUUCUCGCGCAACUCGAUGACUUGUUGGACAAGGGCUGGAUCCGCCCUAGUAGCUCUUCAUAUGGAGCGCCAGUUCUCUUUGUAUGGAAGAAGAACAAGGAUUUACGACUGUGCAUCGACUACCGCAAGCUCAACGCGCAAACCGUCAAGAAUGUGAAGCCUCUUCCUCGCAUCGACGAUCUUCUUGAGCGAUUGGGCGGCGCAAAGUAUUUUUCUAAGUUGGAUUUGAAGUCGGGAUAUCAUCAAAUCUCAAUUCGUCGGAAUGAUCGCUACAAAUCCGCGUUCAAGACGCGGUACGGGCAUUUUGAGUGGGUGGUCAUGCCUUUUGGCCUCACCAACGCCCCGACGACCUUUCAAGCGACAAUGACCAACAGGUUCCGUGCGACGUUGGACUGGUUCGUGCUGGUCUACUUAGACGACAUUCUCGUCUAUAGCCGGUCAUUGGAGGAUCAUCUUGAGCACCUUCGAUGGGUGUUGGGGACACUCCGCCACGCCAAGUACAAAGCCAACCGCGACAAGUGCGAAUUUGUCCGGCAAGAGCUGGAAUACUUGGGCCGUUUUGUCACACCGGAGGGCAUCAGUCCGUUGUCGGACAAGAUUCAAGCCAUCCAAGAGUGGUCAGAGCCGCGGAACGUCACGGAUGUCCGUUCGUUCCUUGGCCUUGCCGGCUACUACCAACGUUUUAUCAAGGGAUACUCUAAGAUUGCGGCCCACUUGUCCAAGCUUCAAUGCGAGGAUCGAAUGUUUGACUUGCGCGGGAAUCGUUUUUGGCUUUCAAAGCCGCUCUAUCAUCUGCGGAGGUCUUGCGAAUCUACGACUCACUAUUGCCGACGCGCGUCACUACGGAUGCGUCCAGCUAUGGCAUUCGUGUCGUCCUCGAGCAACACGAUGGCGUGGACUGGCACUCGGUCGAGUACUUCAGCAAGAAAGUGUCCGUCGUGCAUUCCAUUUACGAUGCACGCAAGAAGGAGCUCCGAAGUGCCCGUCGUGCACUCCAUUUACGAUGCACGCAAGAAGGAGCUCCUAGCCUUCGUCCACGCACUCAAGCGGUGGCGGCACUUCCUCCUUGGUCGAAGUCAAUUCCGAUGGGUAACGGACAACAACCCAUUGGUCUUCUACAAGACCCAAGACACCGUCAAUAGCACCAUCGCCCGUUGGAUGGCUUUCAUCGACCAAUUCGACUUCUUUUCCGAUCACAUUCCCGAGAAGUCGAACCGUUUUGCGGAUGCUCUUUCACGACGUCUGGAUCAUUGUACCACAGUCUACUCGACCUUCGAGAUCGGCGACGACCUGCGGGACAGCUUCAUCCGCGGCUACCAAGCCGACCCCGAGUUUCACAACAAGUACGCGAAUUGCUCCUCGCCUAAUCCGACACUUUCUCACUACCGGAUCCAAGAGUGGUACUUGCUUGUCCACACGCGGGGGAAGGACCUUUGCGUACCGAGUGACUCUCACUUGCGUACACGGCUUCUUGGCGAGUUCCACGAUGCCCCCGCCACCAGACACUUUGGAGUCAAUCGCACGAUUGGCCGACUCCGCGAGUGAUUUUGGUGGCCCGGCCUUCUUGACGAUGUCACACGCUAUUGCGAGUCAUGCGAAG